CAGUUGAGUAAACUUAUGCAUUGUAUGCAUCACCCCAUCACCAGCUACCUUAUAAAUGGCCAGGAAUAUUUAGUGUCUUGUAACGACAAACAUUGCUAUAUAUUUAAGAAGCUUCAGCGAUAUCCAGACCUCCAGGGAGACUCCAAAGGUGUAGAGAUGGGAACAGUCAACACAUUCCUCCUUUCCUUUUCGGUUAUUAUUUCCUUCUUCUUGCAAGGUACUGAAGCAGCAUCCUGCCCAAAGGAUUGGAAGAUCUAUCAGGAUGUUUGCUAUGGAGUCAUUCAAACAUAUGAGACAUGGUCAGAAGCAGAAGUGGACUGUCAGUCCAGAGGCCUUGGUGGCCAUCUGGCAUCCAUCCUUCGUGAGUCGGAGGCUGCCAUGAUAUCGGGGAUGCUCAGACACAGCUACCCGAAUGUCAAGGAGCUUUGGGUGGGACUGCAAGACCCCCGUCAGACCGGCCGCUGGCAAUGGAGUGAUUCCAACCCGUUCAACUUCAAAGCAUGGAGUCAAUGUUCAGUGGGAAUUAAAGGACACUGUGCCUACAUUUCCAGGAGAACUGGGUUUAAGGAAUUUGAGAAAAGCUCUUGCCACAUGUCCAGGGCUUAUCUGUGUAAAUCUACCAUGUAAUCCACAUCACUGUUUGUUUCGGUUUCCAAGAAAAACGUAAUACUUCUUGAUUUUCUUGAAUAAAACUUCUUGGUGAUUUAA